AUGGACGUGGUGGAUUCCAAUAUUUCGCGCAUCACCCAAAUCAAUUGGGCUCGGAUGAACCUCAACGGCGUUCUGCCUACCGAAGUGGCCGUGUUGGAAGAUCUCGUCACGCUAGAUCUCGCCGAGAACGACAUUGAAGGGACGCUCCCCGAAGGACUUUUUACCCUCAAGGAUUUGCGGUUCCUUUAUUUGCACGAUAACGCCAUCACCGGUUCCAUUCCGGUCAAUAUGAACUUGCGGAGGCUCUAUCUCUUGGAUCUGGGCUACAACGACAUGACGGGCACCUUGCCAGCGGACUGGUCAAACGGCGUUAACACCAUGAAUGCGCUCACAUUAUUAUACCUCAACCACAAUUCGUUUCGGGGGACCAUUCCAAGUACCUACCCCGAACUUGGGAAUGACCGCCUGCAAGUUUACGAACUUAACGACAACCAACUCACAGGUGAAGUACCGGGUGGGUAUGUGGUUCGCAAUCUUUUACAGUCGGUGGAGAUGCAGAACAAU